AUGCCUUUUGCUAAGAAAAAAGAACAAUGGUGCUAUAUUAAGCAAACUACUGAGACAGGUAACUAUCCUUGGAUCCUUUUAGGGGAUUUAUGUUUUCAUCUCUUUGAUAACAACAACAAAACAUCUUCCUCUAUAGAUGGGUGGGUUAACAAAACAGUUGUUGAAAGUGGGCUUGAAGACAUAGGCUAUGUAGGAAAAAACUACACUUGGACUAGCAAUAAUCUUGGUACUGGCUCUAGAAGAUCAAGAAUUGUCUUAGCUCUAGGAAAUAAUGAUUCGAGUAGACAUUUCCCCAAAGCUAAGUUAUUACAUCUUAAUCAAGUAGGUAGUUACCAUGCUCCUAUUCUUCUUGUUACUAAUACUGAAUGUGAGCCAUGUUGGAGACCUUUUAAGUUUUUUCUAACUUGGCUCAAUGAUGAAACAUGUUCUCUUACUAUAGAUAAUGCUUGGAAUAUUAGUGUUAGUGGUUCUCCUGGUUUUCAGCUUGUUACAAAACUUCAGUCAGCAAGGAAAGAAUUAUCUAUAUGGAACAAACAACAUUUUGGUAACAUCAAUCAAAAUAUUGACCAUCUUCAGCAGGAGCUUAACUUUGUUCAGAAUCAAAUGAGCACAUUUUGA